ACCCCCCCCACCUCAGUCGGCGUCCCUGGCAACCCGCACCCCACGGGCUCCGUGAGGAGGCGGCGAUGGCGACUCCACGGGCCACCCCGCUGCUGCCUGCGGACCACGGCCUCACGCAGAGCGCAAACCUUGCCCAUCUCUAUCAGCACCAUCACCACCAUCACCACGACGAACACCAUCAGCAGCUGUGGUACACGCGAAGCGCGCGACUUGACGCGACAGCCCCGUCCCUCCAGGUGAGGUCAUCAGGCGAAGAGACGCGGCGCCUCCCGUGGCUUGCAGGAGCCGUGCAGUCGUGCCCGCAGAUGGAGCCCCCUCGCGGUCCCCUCGCCCUGCCAGCCCCCGGGCCCCCCCUGCUCAUGUUAAUGGGACCCGAGUCCCCCAAAGCCACCAAAAGGUCGCCCAAAUCUUCCGAGUGCCCUAAGCCCCUCGGUCUCGCGAUGCCUCCGGUGCCGACAGCGAGCCGCGGGGUUCCGCGACUGCGAGCCCCCCGCGAAGUGCCCCCCGCCGUGAUCCCGGCCGUGCCCCCCACGGCCCCCCCCGGACUGGGACCCCGCCUGAACCCCCUGCGGCCCCCGUGGGUGGCGCGGCGCACCGUGAUGCUGGAGACGCGGGACGCGCACGCGCACAACGAGCAGCGCGUCACCUGCUGGAAGAGACGCGAGCACGACAGGCAGCACCGCGGCUGGAGGAGACCGGUGUACGGGGAGCCGGGGGAGAAGGAGGAAUACCGGAGGGAGAUCCGCGAGUGGCUCAAGUCCCAGAUGCGGGAGCGCGUGGCCCAGCGGGAGUCGGCUCGGAGCGAUGGGGCGGGCGAGCGGGCCCAGGCCGCCCUCGCCGAGAGCUGCGAGCGCCGAGCAGAGGAGCAGCGCGGCCGGGAGAGGCACGAGGCCUCCCGGGCCGUGAGGGACCACAACAAGAGGGUGAUGGAGCUGCGCUGGGAGGUGGAGCGGAGCGAGCGAGUGCGCGAGUGGAGCCUGGAGCGAGAGCUUCUCCAGCUUCAACCUCUCAACUGGAGCGGAACCCUCACCUAACGGGGUCACAGCGAUCAUUACUUAGAUGGGUCCAUCAAUUAAAGGGGACCUACAGUUAUCAGUAAUAACAAUGAAUAAUGACAAUCAUUUAGUAGAUUUCAUGUUGGUGCCAUUCUCACGGAGGAAGGCACUGCUGCGUGUAACCCCGAUUGAUGAUAUAAUAAGAGUUAUUUGUGACCAAUUUUCGAAUCUGUCAAAUUGGGCACACAGUACGGCCGGUUCCUCGCUUUGAAAACACCUCAGGGCAUUUUUUACGUCCACUGUGGUGAAGUGGACGGUUCGGAUUCAUUUACGGUCGACAUGACCCAACAGUAAUAACCAGGGCGGCCUGCCGGAACCGAACCGCGGAAGCCUCUGUGACAACGAGCGCUGAGCGAGGCUGCCACCGGGCGGUGUGGUGACCAACGGCGUGGCUGAGGACAUCCUCCAGCAGUGGAUUGAUCAUGGCUGCUGCUGAUGAUGGCAAUGAUUAUGCUUGUGGAAACAUUUCAGUAAUAAUAGUAGUACAAUGGUGAUGAUGAAACUAAAAAUAAAUCGAUGAUGAUUUUACAAAAUCAACUUAAGAAAUGCAGCUACUGCUGCUGCUGAGUUGGUAGUUGUGCACAAACAACAGCAAACACAUUCGUGAAUAUGACUCACUGCACGUGGCCUGAAAAUAAAAAAUAUAUAUAACAGGCGGCUUUUCAGGCAAACGGCCCUUCUUCAUGGCACUGAAACGCCACCUAUUGUAUAUAUCCAGUAUAUUUUGUAAGGCCACGGUGUUAUUGACGUGUGGUCCGUGGGGUGUGAUGUUAUAUAUAAUGUGUAUGGUGCUCAAUGGAACGCCUCAUCAAGAACGCGCAACGCGCGUGGUGAUUUUGGGCACGGGAGAUUCUUACAUCGCUCGUAAUUUUGCUGCCCUUGUAGAGUGAGUGGAGUGACGAGACGUUUCAAUAAACCAUCGAUGCAAGAAGACAGUC